UGCAGGUACCGAGGACCAGCGACCGGAAGCAACCCGACGCCUGCCCCGAUCGUCCUCAUGUCCCGCGUGCUCGACCUGGUCAAUGAAGCGCAGCUCGCGGUGGAUGCGAAUGAGAAGGUGACCGUGCUGCACCGGCUGAAGGAGGUCGUACUCGAGCGCAGCCCGCCACCGGGACUGCAAGAGUACGCGGCUGCGAUGGACGGCCUUGCCGCCAUGGCCAGCGAGCGCAAUGUGAACGUCGCCAAGACCAUCUGCCAGUUCAUUGAAGAUGCCAUGGACCCAGCACGGAACGCGUCGAUCAAGUCGCCGCCCGUGCUCUCCAAGACGCGCUUCACGCUCUUCCAGGCGACGGCUGCGGUCCUCACCAUCAACGCCGGUCCCUCGGCCGUGCGCAAGGCGCUCAAGCUCCUCGACAAGUACGUGCCCGCGACGAUCUUCUUUGUCUGGACACAGCCGCUCGACGCGCUCGACGAGUCUGUGUGGCUCCAAAUGCUCGAUACGAUCCAGAUCCUGCAACACAUCAUCGACCAGCUUCAAGACGCCGAGUCGAUCCUGCUUGCUGCGCGCGUGCUCGAGACCGUCGCGCUCCACUUUUCGUACGCCACCGACAGCGUCCAUCGCGACCCGGCGAGGUCCAACGUGCAGCCGGACGCAGUGCACCUCGCGAUGAUCCCGGCGUCGCACCGCUUUGUGCGCCCCGAGCCGCUCGCCGACCUCGGCCAGCACAUUGUACACGCGCUCUGCAAUCGCCUCUCGUCCGCGCCCCGCCACCCGAUGCUUUCGUUUGGCCGGCGCGAGUUUGUGAGUUUCAUCCACUCGAUUAGUCUCAUCGCGUGUCUGCGCACGGACUUUGCGCCGAUCGUCGUACCCUGCCUCGUCAACUUCCCGUCGAUCAUGGACACGGUCGACGCGCGUGUCCAAGACACGCUUCUGCAUGCGAUCAAGGCCAACUUGAUCAAGCUGCUCCGACUGCCGCUCCCAAGUGACCUCCAGGAAGACAUGACAAACACGCUCAUCGCGAUGGACGCCUCCAAGCGGGCGCUCGAAGCCCUUAGCAAGUCCAAGGAGACGCGACGCAUGUACGUGGCGGCGCCAACCGAUGCGUCGCUCAAGAACCUCCGGCGCGACGACGCCAAGCGGCGCCUUCCGUUCGACGCGAGCAGCCUCAAGAGCAAGCGCGCCAAGGUCGAGGACGUCAAGCCGACGGCCAUCACGGCCGAGUCGAUCGUGAACCUCCCGAACGACCACGUCGUGCGCUUCGUCCUCGGCAACAUGGGCAACUUGCCGGCGGUGGCGCCGCUGACCGCGUCGGGCGUCAAGCUCGAGCUACUCCACACGCCGAGCGCGCUCAAAGAUCGCAUCACGUCCAUGUUGUCGCGGCUCGCGACGCCGUCGUCGGUGCUGGCGCUGGCCAUGAACGCUAAGAAGACCGCCGCCGCGCGCCGAGACCCGCGCCUGCGGCGCGACAACGUCAAGACGGAGGCGCCGAGCCUCUUGCCGGCGUUCGACGACAACAGCCUCGAGUCGGUGACCAACAUCGUGUGUGCGAACGCGCAGACGCUCGUCGAGCCCAUCAUUUCGGUCACGAAAGACGAGGUCACGCGCGAAUACAACGCGAUCCGCGUCAACAUCAAGCCCGUGAGCGACGACUGGUGCCGGCAAAUGGCGCAUCUGAGCAUCUCGCGCAUGCUCGAGAACGAGUACGGCAUCCUCACGAGCGGCCACGAAGGGCUGCGCGAGGCCUUGAUCUGCCGCCUCGCGACCAGCCGAUGGCUCUUGGAAGAGAACGCGCGCGAUGCCAAGUCGAUCCACAAGCUCAUUGUCGACUUUGUCGGCGAGGCGCUGCACAAGCGGCACAUGAUCCUCGUCUCGCUCGCGUACCACGAGUACACGCGGUCGCUCUACGACAGCACGCAAAGCGUCGACCACGGCCGGUACCCGCGCUUGCUCCAGCUCGUCUGCGCGAUGCUCUCGACGCGCAUCGACCCAAGCGUCGCGGCCGACAAGAAGCUCUUUUAUGCCAUCUUGUCGCACUUUCCGGGUCUCACGAAAGAUGUGCUCGCGAUGCUGGCCAAGCAGCUCGGCGACGCAGCUGACAACCAGCGCCUCAUCAUGGGGGUCAGCGCGCUCCGCAACUACAUUACGGACCGCGCGGCGGGGCAGGAAGCGUGCUUGCACAUUCUUUUGCAUUUUGCGACCCACGUCGAAGAGGCGACGCGCAACCUCACGAUCCGGUGUCUUGCCAACCAAAUCUACCCGCUGCCCAAGAUGCACGAGAUCAUUGAGGCACACGCAAUGACGCUCAUGACGUCCCUCUGCGAAGCACCCGCGGACGACGCAGCCGCGAUUGAGGACGACCAAGACGAAGCCAAGAUCAAGAUGUUCGACGACGUAGAAGAGGCGCUCACGACCCGCGUCCCGCUUUCACCGCGCCGCAAGUACUACCUCGACCGCAUCGUGCAGCCGACUGUCACGGUGGACGAUACGCUUCUGGCGUUUGCCAAGGAACUGCAGAAGGAGCACGACUUCAGCGUCGCGCCCGAGAGUGAAGCCCACGUUCUCCAGCGCAUGGAGCUCUUCCUUGCGCUCUGCGCCAAGAAGCCCGAGCUCUUUGCGCAUUUCGUGUCGACGUAUGCGCGCGCGUCCCCGCCCGUGCAACACGUGCUCGUUACGUCUGUCGAUAAGCUCAUCAAGCACCUCAAGCAGCGUGAAGGCGACGCGGUCGUUCUCGCCCAGCUGCAGCCGUUCCCGGCAACCGCACUCGACUUUGUGGGCCACGUGGUGCGACUGCUGGUGUCGCUCUCGCGCGACCCGUCGACGCUCGUGGAGCCACUUCUUGCGCUCUACAACGCCCAUGCGACGUACCCCGACGCGGUCGGCCUCUUGAUUCCGAUCGUGUCGGAGAUGACGACCGACGUCUUCUUGCCGCUGCUGCCGCGCUUCUUCCAGCUGCCACCCGCGCGGCUCACGGAAACCAUGACCAAGCUGCUUGCGCCGAUCCCGCUCAAGGUCGAUCCGACGGCGCUCCUCCUCGCGCUGCACCACGUGCCCGACGAAGCCGAGCGCCAAAAGCCCGUGCUGAAGGCGAUUGGCAUGUGUCUCGAGCACCCUGCUGUGUUUACGCCCGACGUGUUCCAAACCGUGAUUACGACGCUUGUGCAAGAGUCGCCGAUUCCGAAAUUCACGAUGCGCACGAUGAUCCAAGCCGUCCAACUCUACUCCAAGCUGCGCAAGCCGAUGGCGUCGAGCCUCGAAGCGCUCGUCGUCCGCGAGCUCUGGACGAUGGACGAGACGCUCUGGAAGGGAUUCAUGAAGUGCGCUGUCGUCGUCCAGCCGCACUCGUUCCCGGUGCUGCUGCAGCUGCCUCUGGAGCAAGGCCAAAGCAUCCUCGAAAUGGACGAAGGCAAGGACCUCCUCGAGCCGUUCAAAGCCUUUUGCACGAAAGACGACGUGGUGCUGACCGCCGAGUGGCGGACAUACUUGGGUCUCGACGACGUCACGCUCGACGACGAGGUGGUCAAGGUCGACGAAGAAGAGGCGGUCAAGGCCGAACCGCAAUCCGAGAACCAAGACAACAUGGUUGAUGUCAAGAUGGAGGACGACCAACCCGACGCUUAACACCC